AUGGACCGAGGCUCGCCUGUGCCCAGCGACCAUGCAUGGGACAGCUCGUCGAUGGAUAUGGACAGCUCAGCGGACAUGGACCUGUCGACCGGCCUCGACGAGUCGGCUGCCUCGGACAUGAGCGGGAUGGACUUUACCGAGGCGCUUCCGCCCACGGCUGGGAAUGCAACGGACAGGACAGACGGAUCUGAUACAAGUGGGAUGGACUUUACGGAGGCGCUUCCGUCCACCGCUGGGAAUGCAAUGGACAGGACAGACGGAUCUGACGCAAGUGGCAUGGACCUGACCGAGGCGUGGCGCGCUCGGCGAGUGUCGAACGCCUCGGCCAGCGAUAUGGACCUGACGACACAAAGCAUCACGACAGCAGACGAGAGUGACGGCUCAAUAUCCAUGGAGCUAACGACGGCCCUCGCACCGCGGUCUGAUGACUCGCCCGAUACAACGCUCGACAGCGCCGCUGAGCAAUCAGUAAUGGAAAUGACGGCGAUGUGGGGCCACAUCGCCGAGGAGGCGACACGGCAGCGUGAGGCGGCCGGGCGCAGUCCGCGGCGCUCGCCUGUGCGCCGGCAGACGAUGUUCCUCUCGCCGGAGCGCCGUCCUGUUGUACCGGAGCGGAUCUCGGAGCCACCCGAGCCACCAGCACCCGCCACGCCCGUGGAGCGCGCUCGCAGUGUCUCUCCACGUCGGCGCCCGCCCACGCCGGGCGCUGGUCUCGCAGCAUUGCCAAGGACAGCGCCGCGCAUGCCAAGUGAGGGCACAUCGGCAUCGCCGUUCAGUCCGAGCAAGCCACCUACGACACCGACGCGCUUCCGCCAAUCGCUCCGAGGCGGUGUGCCGUCGCCUGGGUACCAGCACUCGCCGCCACAGCGUGCGCCGAUGACGCCGAAAGGAUCCACGACAGUGGCCACUGCCUCGUCGGUACCCGCGCGCCUGGCGCAUCCCACGACCCUAUCGCCGUCCCCGGCCGCGGCGCGUGGCCGAUCCGGAUCUGUGCGUCUCUCCGAGGUGCCAAGCGCCAUGUGGCCGCGUUCGCCCUUCCUGCACUCCCUCAUUCGGCAGCGGGGCCAGCGCGUAUCCUACACGGCAUCGCCGCGGUCCGACGGUGAUCUCAGCGACGCCGACGCCUCGUUCCACCUCCCGCUCAGCGAGUUUCUGCAGCGCGUCGGCCUCAAGUUCCACGAGGACAUGACGGCUUCGCGGACGCGCACGGACCGUCCUAUCGAUACGGGCACCACGCCCGCGACCUGCGUACAGCACGCCAAAAUGGCCGCGGGCGCGGCACCGAUGCUCCAGGCCCUGCGCAGCGCAUGCCACGAGCUGAAGCAGCACGUGGAGGUGGGCCGGGAGCGGCUGCAGACGAUGGAGCAGGACUUCUACGCGCGGCCGCCCGCCUUUGUGCAGGAAUGGGGCCAGCUGGACGAUGAGGAUAUGCGGCGGAGCAUGAAAGGCCAGUUGAAUGUGCACAAGCAGGCGGCACGGGCGGCCGCGAUGCAUGACUACUAUGGAUGGCGCACCGAUAUGCAGUACGACGAUGACAUGGCCCGAAUGCUCGCGCAGCACCGCGACGUGCUGCGAGCCGAGGCCGCGCGAGUCCAGGAGCGGCACAUCAUGCUGGAGCAGGAGCUCCUGCCGUUGCUGCGCACGCACCAUGCAGCGCUGCGCCGCCGCGUCGAUGAGGCCCAUGCGCGGCAGCGCGAGAUUCGCGCGUGCGAUGCUGAUGAGCUCCGGCAACUGCAUGCGUCGAUGGAGGAGCAGGACCAGGUGCUGCAGGGCAUGCGCACCAAGCACCGAGACGCACAAGAGCAACUCGCGCGCGUGCGCGCACGUAUCGAGGAGGCGGUCGUGCGGCGCGCACAGACCGAGGAGGCAAUCCGUGCGGCGCGCGCAGUCACGGACCAGAUCCGCGGAUGCACACCAGGCGAGGCCGUGCGUCUCGCGCGCCGCAUCCAGCACAUGGAGACGCUUCUGCAGUGGUCGCUCACGAGCAAGACGCCGACGCUGCUGCAGCUCACGUACGCUCACAGGCUGCAGGUGGCCGUCGAGUGGGACGAGCGCCGCGGCACGGUGCGGCGCGUCGCAGUAUCGCCCGUGCACACGAUGGCCAUGGCUCCCUUGGAUAUGGCCGCGCUCGCGGUGAUCCGUGCGCACAUGGAUGCACAGGCGCCUGCGCAGGUCACGGCCGUGCUGCGCACCGUCACAGCGCUGUGGCGCGCGCACCUCGCAGUGCGUGCGGAGAUUGAGCAACUACGCAGCUGGAUGCCCGUUUCGAUGGCACCUGUCGAUGAUGCUGAGACGCGCAUGGAGCUCGUGGCAACGCUCCUGCUCGAGGCGUGCGCUGCCAAGGCCGAGGUGCAUAUCGACCUGGACCUGGCCAACGAGGCGCCGGUGGCCGCGGGCCGCGUGCGUGUACAGGCCGUGUAUGGCACGAUUCCCAGAACCACGAAUUUGGCGCGCGCCAUUGAGGAGGGCCUUGCGCGCAGUGGCGAGGCGCCCGGCGCCCUGGUACGUGCCGUGCAGGCCGCCGAGGCAGCCCUGGGUAGGACGUAG